AUGGACUUCUCAACCAACGCCUUCAGGCCGAAAAAGGUCUCUUCAACACUUUCCACAGACACCAUGGGCCACGCGCAAGCAGUGGAAGCCUGCCGUUGGGGCUGGGCGGUCGAUCCGCAGGUUACAGGGACGCCGACGCCACACGCGUCUGCACCGCCAGUGCAAGCGCGCCCAACCACAACUUCUGGUGUCACGCGUCCAAAUCGCCUAACACCCUGCCGCGGCCGCCUGUACCAUCAACUAUCCUGUUCCCAUAGGAUUCGAACCGACCUAGUCGAGGACUGUGGUUCAAAUUGUCUGGAGCCCAACGGCCUUGUGUCAGACAUCCCAUUCCUCUGCCAAGAAUGCGUCGAACUGGAAGCAAAGACCAUCUGGGCGACUCGGGAAGCAGAGCACAAUGCCUUGUACCCGCCUCUAGCUGAGAUGACCAAAGAGCAGUCCGACAUCUGGUACGAUGAGCGCCGCAAGCUCGAAGCUUCGUUCACACGGGACCGCAGAAUUUACGAGAUGGAGCUCCGCUCGACUACGCGUCCCAGCAACGUAUGCUCAGCGCUGCAGUACAGUGAGGAAGAAAAAGCGUUCGCAGCCGAGCUGGAUUCGCUCUCCCUCGCAAUGAUGUCUUCGAACACUGGCACGAUUACCGAAACGUAUUCCCCCACCCGCAAGCGAAUCGGCCUGCCAAGCGACGCGUCCGAGCAGAUUCACUGGGGACUAAACUCGCUGAACAUCGACCGUGGAUCGUGUGGUCCGCAGUUCACCGCUGCUCAGCCCUCAAACCGCAUCCCGCCGAUGCAAGCCAUGAGCGAAGAGGAGCUUUGGGGACGCCCUCGAGACCGCAAGUGA